AUGUCUCCCGGAGCAUAUAAAGAAAGAUGUUCGAAAUCAUAUCAGCUUCAACAUAAUGUAGAACCGAAAAACAAACCUGCUAAAGCACUAGAUAACCAUCGAUCCCGAAUUUCUCAAAGCCCUAAGAACUGGUUCCAAGAGAACCCAAUUCUUGCUUUUAAUUUUGUAUUUUGGGUCAUAGCCCACAGCAUAGCUGAUGGUGUUUUCAAGGGCCUCAGCACAGUAUCAGAAGCGACACAUUCCCAGGCUCUCAAUCAUCAAAACCACAAUACAUACCUGAAGUACCAAUCUACACUCAAAUCACUGGACAUUCAGGCCAUUGUGUUUGGCUUAGAGCUGGACUACAAAUGCUACAACAUGGAGCAAAGCAUGUCUCACCAUCGCGAUCCCAAUACCCUGUUGAAACUAGACAUGACUUCUCUCACCACUUUCAAACAGACCGAUGAAGUCAUAGCGAUAAAUAAGAGGAUUGCCUUCCUAACCUCUACAAUCUCUCGAAACCCUAGUGCUCAUCCCAAUCUUGUUGCUAAGCGUAACAAGCUCUAUAGUAGAAAAGCCAAAUACUUACUUGCCUGGAAAAUAAAACACAGACAAGAUUGGUGGGAUUCUGUCUAUAAUAAAUAUAUUUCUGGGAACAAGUUUGCCGAGUAUGAUAAGACUCCCUUAUUUAACAUCUUCAAAAAAUAUAUACCAGAACAUGCACGACUAGAUGAAUUCCUUUUCACAGAGACAACUUUAGAAAGUGACAUUGGCUAA